UUCCCCUUCAUUCUUUUCUCUCAUAGUUGGAGUGAAGUCAAGCAGUCGACAAUAAUAGUUCUCAAACUAAACUUUUUUAUCGUUUUAUUUUCAUUGUGUUUUCUUUCAGUUGCCAGAAGGUUGUUUUGGUUUGAAAAAAAAAUAUUUUAAAGGCGAGUGGAACAGUUGAAAUGGACGCAAAAGAUGUGCCACCACCUUAUGAUGGCGGUUUCGUGAACCAAACCCACGGACAGCCCUCAGCUCCACUACAACCCCCAAUAAUUAUGGCUCAACCCCAACCACAAUAUGCAUCUUCCACAACUACUUACGUGGUAGUUAACAGUGGUACACCUGGGGGCUGCCGAGUUUGCCACAACAGGACUUGGACGGGAUCAUACUCCUGUUGCGCAUGGUUGUGCUGUAUCUGCUGCUUUCCAUGCGGGCUCAUCUGCUGCCUUUGCAUGCGCCAAAAGAAGUGCAGCAAAUGUGGAUUCACCGUUGGCUAACAAGGUUAUUUCCUAGUAUUCCAAACACCAAAAUUUACCAGAAAGUUCCAUUAUUUUGUUUUUUUUUACCUAUCAAACCUUACUUUCUGUUACAGUACAUUGUUCAACAACAAAAAAGCUGUAAUGUUCCAUAUAUAAGUAUUAUUAUUGUGUUAACUCUGAACACAAUUAAAUAAAUAUUAGAUAUUCUUUAAGUUCCAUAUACUAUUAGUACCAUGAGUAAAAAAAUAUAUAUAUAUGAAAGAGUUCCUGUUAUUUCAUUUGUUGAAAAAUGUAACAACACUGUUAUCUAUCUACAAGAACAUUUAACAUACCUACAUAGGUAACUAGAUGUAGGUAAAAGUAUUUAAAAAUAAUGAGUCUCCAAUUAUUUUUAUAACCUUACUUAUAUGCAGGUUUCUAAAUAGUGUUUGUUACUUUUAUAAGAUGAUGAGUGGCUAAACACAAAUGUAGUAGGUAGUCGCUUUUUUGUAUGUCUUAUGACGGAAAUAAAUUUAUGUACCAUUUAA